GUAAACAACGGUCAAACGUUAGCGUCUGGAUAUUUUUUACUCGGAGUCAGGACUCUAUAUACAAACAAUGGAUUCCGUCGUUCAAAGUUGUGAGACGAAUGCUACCAUUGGAAAGGAUAUCAGACCGAUAUCGACACCUCUCACAACAAGCUACCUGAAGACAGGGUUAGUAACUGCACCUACAAAUGAAACGAUUUUGGACAGAUUUAAACGAUUUGUCAUGACAUCUCCAAACAAAGAAUGUGUGGUCAUUGCUGAUGUAGAUACUGCGAACCGUCAAGCUAUUACCUUCAAGGAAUGUGACUAUCUAUCUAAUGGUCUUGCGUCGAGUUUGAUUAAAUCAGGUGUUGGCAUAAAAGAUGCAAUAGCUAUCUUGAUGCCGAAUUGUACGGAGUUUAUUGUCAGUUGGCAGGCGUUGUUGAAAUGUCAUGCAUACCCCGCAUUUGUAUCGUUUAAUAUGAGAAGCGGCGAGGAUUUGAAACUUGUUUUAAAUGAUCUAAAAGCCGUCGGUGUAAUCCUUCACACGGGGAAAUCCGAGGAGUAUUAUGAAAUCAUCAAAAAUGUUUUUGGAAAAUUCCUGACGUCAAAACAUGACCCAGAUAUUCCAACAUUAAAGUUCGUGGUCGCAUUAGGGAGUCGACCAUUGGAUGGGGCCAUGCUGUACGACAAUAUGGUUCACACUGAAGUGGAGCGUGAAGUGCUACUUCAACGAGUCAAUACUGUUACAAAGGACAGUCCUUGUGCGGUUUUCCAAACAUCGGGAUCAACUGGUCGGGCAAAACUCGUAGUCCAUCGCCAUUUUGGCAUUGUUAAUAAUGUCAUCUUCCAAAUGAUAAGGUUCCGGACGUCAGAGAGUGGUCGCUAUUUUUCCGAUCGUCCACUGACAUGGUCUGGGGGAUUCCUUGGACCGUUUGCAACGUGUAUUGCGGGGUUGACAUCUGUUACUAUUGAUACUACGAUAUCGGUCGUUAAGCGAGAUGUCCAUUCCAUAUUACAAAUUAUUGCCCAAGAAAAGUGCACAAUGGGUCUAAUGAUGCCCUAUAUGUUGUACGAUAUUCUCAAACUACCAUCGCUCCAGGAAUACCAACUUGAUAACCUGAAAAGUCUUUGGACCAGCGGUCAGCGAAUACCGGAUAUUUUGGUGGAAGGAAUCAAGAAGAAAUUACCAAACGUCAGAAUUGGGGUCGGGUACGGAUCAACCGAAACGUAUUUGAUAUCAAAUCACUUUUAUGAUGUUAAUGACAAAAUAGAAGCAGAUCAAAAGGGAACGGUAGGCUAUCCGUAUCCUGGUUUUGAGAUUAAAAUAACUGACGAGUUUGGAAAGUUGGUUCCUGUCGGGACGUCCGGAAACAUCAAGUUUAAAACUUUUCAAUUGUUUACUUGCUAUUUAAACGAUGAAGAAAAAACAAAUGAAAAAAUAGAAGAUGGAUGGUUCGAUUUGGAAGAUGUUGCGUACUUCACAGAAAAUGGGUACCUUGUUUUCGCAUGCAAGAAAAGUGAUAUGGUGAAACGUGGAACGGUUUUAAUUGCUCCGACGAACAUAGAAAAUGUCAUCCUGACUCAUCCAGCCGUGAACAAAGUGGUCGUUGUUGCCGUCCCUGAUCCACGACUCUACGAAGAGCUCUGUGCGUGUAUCGUACUUCAUGCUGACAAACCCACUACAGAGAAAUAUAUCAUUGAUUAUUGCAACCAGAAAUUUACCGAACAAACUCUGGAUGGGCUCUCUCUAACGCCCAAAUAUGUCUACAUUUUAGAGGACUUCCCAAAGCUUACAAACGGCAAAGUUGAUAAAAUUACCCUAAGGAAAAUGGCGGCAGAGAAAUUUGAUGUUUGAAGAAAAUCUUAGUUCUUCUACUAAAUGCAAGCAUCCCAGACCAGAGGAACAGUAAAACACUAUGAAACAGUUAUAACAAACCAUAUAAAACACGACAUAACUGCAAUUACUUUUAUACUAUAUCUAGUAAUUAGGGCACUAUACCAUAUAACAUGGAGGUUGAGCUAUGCGUUUUAAGAGAACUUGUACGUACGUGUAAACUUAGUUCUCCCUUUCGUAGUAUUUACGAUUGAGUAAAACGAUAUAGGAAAAUAGUUGCAAUGAGAUCACUGAAAAAGACAAAUUGACAGAGAUUUAUCCAUGGGAGUCAACAUAUUAAACGUUCGUGUACACGUUCUUUUAAUGGAGAGGUUAAGCUAACGAUGUUUUUCACAACGUAACCG